AUGGACGCAACGACGAACGGCGUGCAGACGCCUCCCUCCGACGCCUCGCGAGAGGCUGCUUCUGCCUCUGGCCCGCGGAAGCUGAAGAUUCUGAUGCUGCAUGGAUACACACAAUCCGGGCCUCUCUUCCACGCCAAAACCCGCUCCCUCGAGAAGCUCCUUGCGAAAGCCUUCCCGCCCGCGCCCCCACCACCACACAAGCCCUCCGCCCUCUCCAAGAUCUAUCCCGGCGGUCCCCAGCUCUUCUAUCCCACCGCGCCCAUCCGCCUGCUCCCCGCCGACAUCCCCGGCUUCUCUCCCGACGCCCCAACCGAUGACUCCUCGCCCGCCCCCGACGCCUGGGGCUGGUGGAAGAAGGACGACGCAACGGGAGGCUACGCCAACCUCGAGGAGGGCCUUGACCGCAUCGCCGAAGCGAUCAAGGAGGCCGGUGGCAUCGACGGCGUGAUCGGCUUCUCGCAAGGUGCCGCGGCCGCGGCUAUGGUGGCCAGUCUGCUACAGCCCGGGCGGAAAGAGGCCUUCGACAAGUACCGCGAGGCGCACCCGGACGCGUUGGCGUAUCCGCGCAGCUGGGAGGGCCUGCGGGAGCUGCAUCCCCAGGGGCUCAAGUUCGCGGCGGCGUAUAGUGGCUUCUACGCGGGGAGCCCGUGGUAUACGGCCUUCUACGAACCGAAGAUCUCGUGCCCCGUUCUGCAUUUCAUUGGGAGCUUGGAUACUGUGGUUGAAGAGAGCCGUAGCUUGGAGUUGGUUGCGGCGUGUGAGGAGGGUACGGGGAAGACGGUGUACCACCCCGGCGGCCAUUUCGUGCCCGUGAGCAAGGAGUGGGGUGCGGUGCUCGUCGGCUUUAUUAGGCAGUGUCUUGAGGUGAAGCAGGAAGAGAAGCUGGAAGAUGUGGAUAUGCCUUUAUGA